AUGACGUCCAUUGCAUCGAUCUCAACAGCAAUCAAUAAUAUUAUUCAACGAGCAAAUGAUCUAAAAGUAUAUCAAGAUCAUUUGAAAUUGAUAGCAACUAAUUUGACUCGUCUUCGACAAAGAUUAAAUGACAGAUUUACAACAGUAAAUGAAAGUCAUUCACAAGAAUACUUUGCACAAAUAUUAAAAGCCAUCGAUGAAGUUGUUACAGAUUGUAGUGAAAAUGAAAAUUAUCUUAAUGGAGUAACUUAUGGGGAACUCCAAUCUGUACUACUUUGUCUUCAAUAUAGACUAGCUCAAUACGAAGCUAUUCUAACAGAUGAUUAUGAAAUGAGAGUCCAAAUACUAUCUAAUGCUUGUCAAGAUCAACAAUUUUGUCUUCAGAAAUACUUUGAUGAGACAGUGAGACAAAGAUUAGACAAAAUGAAAUAA